UGGAAAAAAAAUCGGCCCCGAGGCCACAACCACGAACUGCCCCACCACCUUCCCCCGACCCCCGAUGCAACCACCGGCGAUCUUGCCCCGGAUCCCCCGCCGUCGGUGCCCCACCCCAGAUCCACUCGCCAAUGGGAGCCCCGUCGUGGAACGCCCUAGGACGCUGGUGCCGCGCCUCGCCCCCGCCUCUCCUUCCCCGCCCCGGACCUUCCCGUCGCCGGUGCCUCGCCCUACCUCUCCAUCCCGUACCCCCCGUCGAUGGUGCCCCGCUCGCUGUCGCCCCUGCCAACCACACGAGCCGCCGCCGUUCCCAGCGAACCCCAGGUGUCGCCGUUCCCGCCAACCACGCGAGUCGCCGCCCUCGCAACCCCAGGUGCCGCUACCGCCGCGCCGCCGCUGCCUGCCUCCUCCCACGAUGCCGCUGCCGGCCCCUGCCACCACGUGCCACCGCGGCCCCCGUCCAGCGCCGCAGCCCCACCACCGGUUAUCCCCACAUCUCCUCUGCCAACUCUGGUGGCAUUCAAAUGUUCAAUUCGGCGCCAUGCGGGAUGUUGCAGAGCUGCUGUGGUGACCAUGGUUAGGUGAGGCCGAGGCGUUGGAGUCUGGCGGCGCUGCUACAUGCUCUUUCUUGCUGAGGUCGAGUAGCUGGAGUGCCGUGCAUGGUGUACAUGCUCGUCACCCUCGUAGAGUCCAGCGCUGCUCUUUGCUUCAUCUUGUUGUUGUUUGUCUAACCGUGAGCGAGAGCAUGUAUUUUCUCUUCCUGUACACUUACUACUCUAGAUAAUUUGAUCCCGUCAGUAGGUUGGUGUUCUACUAAUAAUGCAGCGUAAUUAACAGUACUAGAUGAAGAAUUGUGUUUGGGUUGCACUGUCGCUAGUGCAUUUAGCUUUGCUAAAAGAAAGUUAAAAUUUUGGUAACACUAGAGGUGCUUUGGCAUAGUGUUAGAGGAUAUGCUUGCAGCACAUACCCUGAUGCGUUCAUCAAAAAUGUUGGAUGGCCUUAAGGCCCAUUUAGUGUCAAAGAAAUUAGUUGCAAAAAAUUCAAGAAGUUCUACACAGCAAGUCUAGAGACGUACAGUGAAGUUCCACUAAAAACAUACGCCAGGUACUACGGUUAUGCGUCGUUCGUGGUGAAGUUCUACUACGGCUCUACGCCAAGUGU